AUGUCUGAGAAAAAGAUGACAUCAAGCCGUCGGCAUUACUUGAAGAGCCUGAUGCUCCAGAGAGGUCAGCAGCUGCUGGAGGCAGAGGCCAAGCAGGCCGAAGAGGACAAAGAGAGAUACAUGGAGGAGAGCUGCCCUUCUCUGGACCUCCCAACAUGUAUGCAAGAACUACAGGACCUGUGCAAGAUGCUACACCAGCAGAUCGACGCUGUGGAUGAGCAGAGAUAUGACAUAGAAAGCAAAGUGAACAAAGCUAACAAAGAGGUCGAGGAUCUGAGAAUAAAAGUGCAGGACCUGAAGGGCAAGUUCAAGAAGCCGGCCCUGAAGAAAGUGCGCAUGUCAGCAGAUGCCAUGCUCCAGGCCCUGCUGGGCUCCAAACACAAGGUGUCCAUGGACCUGAGGGCCAACCUGAAACAAGUCAAGAAGGAAAUCAAAGAAGAGGAGAAAGAGUCCGUUGGCGACUGGCGCAAGAACAUUGAAGACAAGGCUGGCAUGGACGGCAGGAAGAAGAUGUUUGAGUCUGAGGCGUAAAUUGAUUUUGUGCCACCAAUCUUAAUAGAAUACAUCAUUUUUGUCUAGGUUACGUUGCAGCGGCAUGUAUAUCUAGAUUCACACUUUUGGUAUGACCCAAGUAAAUAAACGAAAACAAUCAUUUAAUUACCUACAGUUGUUAAAACUGCUGUUGGACAUUGUUAACAUUCACUCUUUAACCUGCAUAUUCUACAUUUAA